AUGGGGGCUGUGAUUAGAAUUUUGAGCUGGAAAUGGUUGGUGAUAUGUCUCUUACAUGUGCUUCUUUUGUGGAAUACGAUACUAGCGCAGAUUCGCUACACUAUUCCAGAGGAAUUAAAAGAGGGCUCAGUUGUUGGAAAUAUCGCCAAAGACCUUGGUUUGGGAAUUUCUGAAAUAGCACGUCGUAAAUUACGGAUUGCUUCCGAGACUGGUAAGGAGUAUUUUAGUGUGGAUUUGGGAAAGGGCGAGUUACUCGUAAAUGAGAGAAUUGACAGAGAGAUUUUGUGCGCACAAAGCGUCACUUGCAUCCUUCCUUUGGAAGCAAUUAUAGAAAACCCGUUACAGUUGUAUCGUGUUGAAAUCCAAAUACUUGACAUAAAUGACAAUGCCCCAGUUUUCCAGAAAAAUGAAAAUAUUUUGAAUGUGGCUGAAUCCACUGCUCCUGGUGCGAGAUUUCGUCUGGAGUCUGCAAAGGAUUCCGAUGUUGGCUCAAAUUCCCUGCGCACCUACAUGCUAAGCAAGAAUGAACAUUUUGCAUUAGACAUAAAAACUGUUUCAGAUGGCACUAAAGUUCCAGAAUUGGUCCUAGAAAAAUCAUUUGACCGAGAGAAACAGCCAAAUCACCGUCUCGUUCUGACAGCCAUAGAUGGAGGAAAUCCUGCAAGAUCUGGAACAGCAGAAAUCGACGUCAGAGUGCUUGAUAUAAAUGACAAUGCACCGGUUUGUGAAAAGCCACUGUAUACAGUAGAAAUUGCAGAAAACACACCACCUGGCGCGGUAAUUGUCACUGUAAAAGCUGCAGACCGAGAUGCAGGAGCUAACAGUGAAAUACGCUAUUCUGUUGCGCCCCAUACAUCAGAGAUACCACAUGAUCUUAUUUCUGUUGAUUCGGUCACAGGCGAGCUAAAGAUAACAAAAGAAAUAGAUUAUGAGGCUGCUAGUUCCAUUAGAUUUGAUGUUGUUGCCACCGACACGGGUAUACCACCAAUGGAGGGAAUAUGCAGUAUUCACUUAGAUAUUUUGGAUAUUAAUGACAAUAAACCGGAAAUUAUAUUAAAAUCGUUAAAUAGUCCUGUGCUUGAAGACGCUCCUGUUGGAACUGUCGUGGCUUUAAUAAGUGCCAAAGACUUAGACGCCGGAGACAAUGGAAAAGUUGAGCUGGCCUUAAAAUCAGAUUUACCUUUUACUUUAAAGCCAGCAAUUUCCAAUCAUUACGCUCUGGUCACAGACAAAACAUUGGACAGAGAGCAACACUCCGUCUAUACGAUACAGAUAGUGGCAGCUGACUCUGGUUCGCCACGUCUAACGUCUGAAAAGCAGAUUACUGUAGAUAUUUUAGAUGUCAAUGACAACCCCCCUCGCUUCACUCAACAGUUUUAUACAGUUUAUGUGAAAGAAAACCGCGUCCCUGGAUCCAUACUCUGUUCAGUAUCCGCCACUGAUCUAGAUACGGGAGAAAAUGCAAAAAUCUCCUAUUCUAUUAUAGAGUCCAAAUUUCAAGGCAUAUCGGUAUCUUCUUAUGUGUACAUAAACUCGGACAAUGGGAGCAUAUUCAGUAUGCAUUCGUUUGACUAUGAAAAAAAGAAGAUUUUUCAGUUCCAAGUGGAGGCAAAAGACCAUGGUUCUCCAUCUCUCAGCAACAAUGCUACAGUUCAUGUUUUUAUUCUGGAUCAGAACGACAAUGCCCCUGCUAUCAUUUACCCAUCUGCAGUCAUGGGCUCUGUCUCUCAUCAAAGGAUGUCCCGGACUGCUAAAGCAGGACACCUCGUUACUAAGGUAACGGCAGUGGACGCUGACUCAGGUCACAACGCCUGGAUGUUCUAUAGGCUUGUGGAGGCUACGGACAUGUCUCUGUUCAGUAUAAAUUUGCAUACCGGAGAGGUGAGGACUAAAAGAGCUGUUUACGAGCAGGAUGAGUCUUCUCAGAGACUAGUAGUAGAGAUAAAAGACAAUGGAGAGCCAGUCCAGUCCAGCACAGUCACUGUGGACAUACUGCUAGAAGACGGGAUUCAAGAGCCCGUUGCAGACAUUCGACAGAAAAAUUCAGAUAUCACAAAAGGCAGUAAAAUCACAUUCUAUCUGAUCAUCUCCCUGGCCUCAGUAUCUGUGUUAUCUUUGUUGACAUUUGUCAUUUUACUAGUUAAAUGUGCUAGAAAUAGCAGGGGACGCACAAGUUGUUGUAUAAAACGAUCUGACUCCGAUGAUUACAAAAAUCCCAACAGAAAUCUUCAGAUCCAGCUCAACACUGACGGGCCUAUAAAAUAUGUGGAGGUCUUAGGAGGUGACAUGUUGUCUCAAAGUCAGUCCUUCGGGUCCUGUCUCUCUCCAUUGUCAGAAUUCAGUGACUUCACCCUCGUUAAACCCAGCAGCACGAUUGAUUUUAAGGAGCUAAACGUGCUUGAUGCUUCCUUACCAGACAGCGCAUGGACGUUCGAAAGUCAACAGCUUGUAGAACUGUACAAAGAGAUCUACUCCCUCCCCCUCUCCAUAGAGGCAUUGCUCCGAUAG